AUGACCCGAGGGCUGGGUGACGUGUGUGACGACGUGUCUGCGGUGGCUGCCUGCUGCCUGGUGGCCUCAACGGAGUGGCUGGUGCGCCUCCUUCCAGCGUCGGCCGUGGCCGCUCUUGUGCACACAUUGUGGCACUCUCUCACAGAGCUGGAUGAACUGAUGACCUCGACGCCGUCAGUGCUGCAGCUGCUGGCGACGCUCAGCUGCCGGGCCGAACUGGCUGCAGACAGGACGUGGCUGCCGGACGUUGUGCCGCGACUAUGGCCGUUCCUGGGCCACCCCAGCUCCAAUGUGCGCCGGUCGGCAGUGAAGACACUGAGUCAGCUCGUCGGCACACAGGAUCUGGAUGCAUGGUCUCCACAGCUGAUCGAGGCCGCUCUGAGGUUCACUUUCCAGCGGGCCGUGGUGGAAAGCCACGAUGACAUCGUAGAUCUGCUAGUUAAGACGUGGACGUGUCUGCUCUGCCGCUCGCCGCUGGCCACGCUACUCACGGCUGCGUGUCCUCACGUGGCCUCCUGGCUCUGUAUUCUAAUGCAGCCCACCAGGGUGGCCAUCAACUCAGCACUACUGUUAACGCCACCCGCGCCG